CAAAAAGGGAAAAAGGAAUAAAAUAUCUCUCUACUCUCUCACGGCUCAACUACAAAAUUCCUUUUCAUCUCUGCGUCUCCUCCUGCCCCCACCUCCACUCCCAUCCGAUCGGAGCUCACCAUGCAUUCCAUGAUCUUUUCACCGUACACGCUAACGCCAUCAAGUUCAUCGAUCAUACCACUAACAUCUCUCAAAUCCAAAUCAUUCAUCACCGCAUCUCCAAAUUUUUGGAGAAAGUCUCGCUCUGAUUCUGCUUCGGUGAUAUGUAAUGUUUCAGGAACUUCAUCUUCUUCUAUCACUGAUUUCGAUCUGUAUGAUCUGCUCGGUGUCGAUAGUUCCUCCGACCAUUUGGCGAUAAAACAGGCGUACAGGUCACUGCAAAAGAAAUGUCAUCCGGAUAUAGCCGGAGCGGCGGGACACGACAUGGCAAUCAUUCUCAAUGAAGCCUAUGCUGUUCUAUCUGAUCCUCUUUCACGUUUCUCUUAUGACAAGGAGCAAGCUAAGGUUGCAGAUUUCAAAGGUUAUACAGGGAAACCAAUAUACUCAGUAUGGUAUGGAUCCGAGAGUGAGCAGAGAGCUAUCUUUGUUGAUGAAGUCAAAUGCAUUGGCUGCUUAAAAUGCGCGUUAUUUGCCGAAAACACAUUUGCAAUUGAAUCUGUUUAUGGUAGAGCUCGAGUCAUUGCUCAAUGGGCUGACUCAGAAAACAAAAUUCAAGAAGCCAUUGACGCUUGCCCUGUUGAUUGCAUCUCAAUGGUGGAGAGGUCGAAACUUGCAGCAUUAGAGUUCCUGAUGUCAAAGCAGCCACGUGGCAAUGUUAGAAUUGGUGCAGGAAAUACCGUGGGCACACGUGUAUCAAAUAUCUUCGUUGAGGUUGAUAAAUUCCAGGAUCAAUUUCAUGCAGUCAUGGAGAAGCAAUCUUCAAAGCAUUCCAAGGAACAGGACCUACAUUGGGAAGCACGGAUGUCUGCAAUUCAAGUCAUCAGAUCAUUCACAAACUGGUUGUAUUGGAAACCACCCAUUCCAGGAAUGCCUGCAUCUCAAACAUCUAGAAAAUUAUUACAAAUUCCAGAAAACUGCACACAAUCAAACUCACCAAACAUCAACAAGCUCAAAGAAGCUGUUGCUGCUCGAAAACAAUCACAAACAGCUACAAAACCAAAACCAAACGAUUCACCAGAAUACUGGACUCCAUCGGCAUUCAUCCUCCCGGAAUCAACAAAGAACAAUUCCGACCCUAAAGCUUCACCUAAUACGACAACUAGUAAGAAACCUAAGGGGAAAUCAUACAGUGACAAGUUUGUGGGUUCAAAGAUUCCAAGGAGGAGUAAUGGUUAUGAAAUUGGUGUUCCUGUUGUGAUGGCUGUUGUUGCAGCAGUUGUAGUUAGGGUACAACUUGGAGAUGCUUCUGGUGGUGGAAUUGAAACACAUGUUGGUGGUUCGUUGUUACUGGAUGUGGUUAAUAGUUCGUGGCUGCAAGUCAUUCUGGCUGGUGUUACGUGGUAUCUUGUUGGUAUGGCUGCGGUCGAACUCUUAGCAGUCUUUAGGAUAAAAUCGGAUGAUACUGUAGAAUGAAUAAAAAAAAA